AUGCAGGACGAGCUCACAGGGCAUACACCACAGACGGCGGCACAUGCGGCCGGCUCGCUCUUGCGUGGCCGCGAGACGUCGUCAACUCAGGGCAUGCUUCUGCGUACCAAACCUGGGCGCCGCGACUCGCCGCCGGCGAUCAGCAUGUCGUGCUCGGACAAGGUGCGCCUGUGGAAUUCGCUGGGAAUUCAAGGCGCUUUGCUCUCGCAGUGGCUCGAGCCGGUGUUUUAUGCUAGCAUUGUGAUUUCACGCACGCCUGGUAUGGACGCUACGUAUGCGGUUGCGUGCACGUCAGCCUUGGCCGGACUCGGCGCACACGCGCCUCGGUGCACCGUGCACCUUGUCGACCAGCCCUUUCCUAGCGGUCGCAACCAGGUCGAGGAGCAUGUUGCGGCAUCACUACGCAUACCGCAAGGCUCUGAAAAAUGGGCAGACGUCGAGCCUGUGCCAAGUGCAGGAGCAAUUGUCUGGCGCCGUGGGAGCCGCAUGGAGAGUAUCUUGGGCGGUGUAAAAAUGGGUGCAUCGACCAAGCGCAAAGGCGACCGCCCCCUUUCUCUCUCGUCGUGGUCGUCGCUGUCGCCUCGCGCAUGGCUCCAUCAAGUGGUCCGCGCACGGACCGAUCUGGCUCACGGCGCAAAAAGUCCCCAGGAUACCUCGCGCACGUAUGCGCAAUGGAAAAACCCCGAAUACAUGGUCACACCGCCCCCUUUUGCUCUAUGGGACGCACACAUUCGUGCCUACCAAGAAGCCAAGGAGGCCCUCCGUGGCCCUCGUGACGACGAUCUGAACGAGGCGCGCGUCGCGAAUUUUCUCGCGCUCAGCUCCCGCCAAGAUGAAUUGGCCACAGAGAUGCCUAUCGAGCUCCACGAGCCCGCCUCUGGCUCCUCUUACCCCCUGGCCGCGUGGCUCACCACGCCCCAGCGCCUGAGCACCUUUCUGCUCGACGUGGAGCUCGAAGGGCGGCGCGCGCUGCCGUCUGCGAACCGCAUCGCAUCCGACGACGAGCAGGAAGAGCCUGCUACAUCUGUGCCUACCCCCGCACCCACACCCCCCUCGCGCGAGGAGCCGUCUGACCCCAAGAAGCUGCUGAAGCGUGUCAAGCUGCUACGCCUCAAAGCGAAAAAGACCAACUCGGACGAGACCCGUGCCAAGCACAUGCGCGAGGCCAAAGCGCUUGAGCAGCAGGCGACUGCGCUGAAUGGUGCGCGCGGUGCUCUUGGCAAGCGCAAAGCGCGUGAGGAAGCCGAUGGCCGCCCCCGGCGCCCCCGUCUGGAGGCCGACCAAAAGACCGAGUUCCGGCGCCAGAUGCGUGCGAGCGAGCGCGAGGCGAGUAUGCGCUGCUUUGUGUGUCGCGGCACGGGUCACUCGGCCAAGGACUGCCCCGAGGCCGUGGGCUCUGGCAGCCCGGCGAUGAACGAGGCCUCGUCCAAGCUCGGUAAGGACACGGUCGGCAUCUGCUUCCGCUGUGGCAGCACCGAGCAUACGCUGGCCAAGUGCCGCCGCCCCGCGCCCAAGGUUGGCGGCGAGCUGCCGUUUGCGACGUGCUACAUCUGUACCCAAAAAGGCCACCUGGCGUCCAAGUGCCCCGAGAACAAAGGGCGUGGUGUAUACCCCGACGGCGGCGACUGCAAGGUCUGCCACUCGGUCGACCAUCUGGCGAAGGACUGCCCCCUGGACCCCCGCCGCACCACCGCGGCGCACUCGGUCGAGGCGGGCGGGGUCGGGAUGAUGGACGACGAGGACCUCGCGGUCGGUGCCGACGACGACGAGUUCCACCUGCUGUCCAAGAAGCGUGCGGAGAAGAGCAAGCAUGCUGCCGCGCAGCCCCGCAAGCCGGCCAAGAAAGUCGUGUCGUUUUAA